ACCUGGACGAACUUCUUCCAUUAGUUUCUCUCUCUCUCUCUCUCUCUUGAUAGCUUCAAUCCGAUCAAGAAUGGCGGAUUUUUCAAGCAAUGUUCGUGCUAAUGCUAAUACUAGCAGAUUCUUGAACCCUUGGGUGCUUCAUUUCCAGAAAAUGGGGCUUGAGCUUAAAUGUCCUCUCUGCUUGAGCUUCUUUGAUGAGCCAGUUCUGCUUCCAUGCGAUCACCUCUUUUGCAAGAGUUGCAUGCCGUUUGCUUCACAGAUUGGAUCAGAGUGUCCUUUAUGCAAAGCAGGAUUUGUCGACCGAGACCUGAGGCCUGCUCCUUUCAUGGACAAGAUGGUGUCAAUCUACAGGAGUCUGGAUGCGACAUUUGCUACUAAUAUGUCUAAACUAGUCUCAGCUGUAGACGUUGGGGCAACUGUGGAGAAAUCACGUUUUGUUCAGUCUACCCCUUGUGCUGGCCCCAACUGCAAGGAGUUUCAGGGAUGUAGCAUGCCUGCUGAUUGUAAGUGUGAAAAUCUCGAUAUUGAGAGUAGAAAGGGUAGUUAUGGGAGGCAUGAAGAUUGUAGAAUGCCGCCUGUGAGUCAGACAGACCAGUUAUCAGCAGGAAGCCCACCUCCGUUUGGUGAUGGCAAGGUGUCAGAUGACAGUAGUGAUGAGUACCGCGGUCAUGGAUCUAAAAAUGAUUCAGACAGGAGAUCUGUUAUAGCUAAUGCCGAUGAUAAGAAGCUGCAAUUGUCUAAGUGUACGAGUUCUGUUUCUGAAGAGGAAGGUCACCAGAGGGACCCCAAGAGACAAAAGUUUGAUUAUGGCCAGUUAAAGUCAGGCUCAAGCAGUGUUGAUCAAACCCAUCCUCCAGCUUCAGAGCUUGGAAAUUCUGAAACUUCAAAUUCUGAAAUGGAACACAAAUCUCAAGUUACUAUUGCUAGCAAUCUGCCUCUUGCUGAUGCAGAAGAUGCCAUUGUGAGAAAUGCCAAAUGUGCAUUUUGUCAGUCCUCUAAAGUUACAGAGGAUACUGGACCUGUCCUGCAUUAUUUGAAUGGCAGUUUGGUUGUUGGAGUUGAAGCAGCAAAUCCAAAUGUUAUACAUGCUCACAAGCUUUGCGUUGAUUGGGCACCACAGGCAUACUAUCAAGGUGAUGAUGUUCAUAAUUUGAAGUCCGAAGUGGCAAGGGGUUCAAAGCUCAAGUGUAGUAAAUGUGGGCUAAAAGGAGCAGCCCUGGGUUGUUAUUCGAAGUCUUGCCAGAAAAGCUAUCAUGUACCUUGUGCACUUGAAAUAGAGGAGUGCCGUUGGGACACGGAUAAUUUUCUUCUUCUGUGCCCCUCGCAUUCAUCAGCAAGAUUUCCAGAUGAAAGGUCCAAGUCCAGGAAGAUGCCGAGAAAUCAGGCUUCUCCAUUUCGAAUGAACCAGCAAGAUUCAAACAAUUGGGCAUCUCCAUCAGAUGGGGUAAAAAAGUGGGCGUUUUGUGGGUCAGCUCUGUCUGCUGAAGAAAGGAAUAUUUUGGUCAAGUUUGCAAAAAUAUCUGGUGCCACUGUGUCCAAAUUUUGGAAGCCAGAUGUGACUCAUGUUAUUGCAUCCACAUCUGAGAAUGGUGCCUGUACUCGGACAUAUAAAGUCCUUAUGGGCAUAUUGAAUGGAGUAUGGAUUCUGAAUAUGGAUUGGGUAAAAGCUUGCAUGAAAGAAAGGCGUCCUUUGAACGAGGAACCUUAUGAAAUAGCUCUUGACAACUAUGGGUGUACUGAUGGUCCCAAAUCUGGCAGGCUGAGGGUUUUAAACCAUGCACCCAAACUCUUCACUGGCUUAAGUUUCUAUUUCACUAGUGACUUUCCACCUGCUUACGAGGAGGAUCUUCAAGAUUUGGUUAUAACUGCAGGAGGUACCAUAUUGGAGAACGAAGAAUUGGCUGCACCAAGUUGUAGUAGUGACCAGGCUGCUGCACCAAAGGUGCUAGUUGUUUAUAAUCUCGACUCCCCUGGAGGAUGCAAAGUUGGGGAGGAGGUUUCAAUUCUCUGGCAAAGAUUAAAUGAUGCUGAGGGAAUAGCUGCUAAAGUUGGAGCCCAAGUCAUUGGUCAUACAUGGCUUGUGGAAUCCAUUGCAGCGGGUAACUUGCAACCUUUUGUCAGCUGCUAACCAUGCCUUUAAUCUGUCUUCCUUAGUGAUGUUUUUAAGCUGGUUAACCAUGAUUUUAAUCUGUCUUAGUAAUAUAUGUUUAAAUGAUUAAUUUAAUCAUUGUGUAGUAGACUCGUGUACAUACUCAAGCAAAUCUGAAUGGUUUUUGAUUGAGCUCCCCA